UGACAGUCCGCCGCCACAGUCGGCUAGCACUAACAUGUCUAGCUAUAGCGAUAGCGGCUCCCAGUUCGGUGUAGCGCCGACUGCCCCCCAACCUCAAGCACAGGCGGUGCUCCACCCCGCCUUCCCUAGAACUGCCCUCCAGCUCUUCGGCCAAAUAUAUCCUCAAUUCCCAGUGGGCGAAAUACGCAACCAGCACACCAUAAUUCUGGCCAACAGCAUCCCACGGCGCUUGCCCACAGUUCAGAUGGCAUUCAACAUUGACAGGAGCCAGAACAUAUCAUCUUACUUUAUGCAUGCAACAGGCGAGCUUCUUUCCAGCGAACAGGCCUGCAGGCGCUGUCAAAGGGGCAGUGGACGAUAUGCCGGAUGCGUCGUGGUGAAGAUCCCUAUGAUCCUCGAGUCAACGGGCGGGGCCUGUGCAAACUGUUGGUACAACCGCCAAGGCUCGUCCUGCACGUUUCGCACCGGAGGAAUUCGCGAGGGAGACCGGCUGCCAGAUCUCAAACCUCCUGUGGUUAAGAAUGUGACGCGCACCGCAGAUCGAACGGUCUAUGCCGCUCCCAAAGGGACCCCCAUCUCGAUCCCCAAGAUUCCGGCAAACCACAUCACGCCCGAUGUCAUUCGGCAUCAGGCGGGUGGUCGCCUGGCGGCGUCGGCAUCCCCGCCCGUAGCAAACGCGCUCGACACCAAGGUCAGCUCCUGGGAGAGCAGAUACCGCAAGAUGUCGACAGCCCGCCUCGUGGUUGUGCAGGAGCAUCUGAUGGAGUGGCAGGAGGACCUGAACACGCGGCUCAUUGCCAUGAACACGGUCUUCAUGGCCCGGAUGAAUGGCCCAGAGGUAGAGGGGAUAUGAGUGGUUUCUGAGCGAGAUGCCAUGGAGAGGGUGGGUUUUUACAUGGUAUUCCUCGAUACGGUCUUCAUGGCCCGGAUGAAUGACCCAGAGGCAAAGGGGAGAUGAGUGGUUUCUGAGCGAGAUUCCAUGGAGAGGGUGGGUUUUUUACAUGGUAUUCCUCAAUACGGUCUUCGAAUAUGCCGUGAGACGGAAGCGUCGAAUAUGCCGUGAGAUGGAAGCGUGGCGGUAAUGCGUUGGCCGGGG